ACAGAUCCGGUCGGUUAUGAAUGUGCUUCCUACCCGGUGGGAAGGGAGUAGAGUGUAAACAGUUACUCGUGCGGUCCUGUGUUAACUGCACAAUCGCUUUCCAUUGACCAUGGUCAAGUGCGUGGUUCAGGGGUGCCCAAACAAGAUCUGCCCCGAGUCGGACCUUAAGAAUCGACCGCACAAGCGUUUCUUCAGCUUUCCGAAGGACGAGGCCCGAGUUAAAGUGUGGCUCGCGGCGCUGAGAGAGACAGAGCGCGUUCUUCCGUCCGAGGAGCACCGGAUCUGCGAAGACCACUUCCUGAAGGACCACAUCACUCAACAGGGCGUGAGUGAGGACGCCAUCCCCAUAAUGCCCCCGUACCUGGACGGCCCGCUGGCGCUCGCGGCGGAGACGGAAAUGCCGAGCUGCGAGGAGCUGGGCGAGCUGUCCGAGGUGGAGGACCUGCAGAAUGAGUUUGAUGAAGGCAGAGAUGGAGAAGAUGAGACGUGGGAAACUGAGGGUGGCGACUGCUUCGAAGAUGAUCCUGAGAACAAGUUAUCCAGAGCGAAAGAAGAAAAUGACACAAAAGACAGUAUAUCCAGGACACCCAGAAACCCAAACCGGGUGCCGUCCUUUCGGAAGAAGUACCGCUGUGACGUGUCACUGGGCAGGCUCACCAAGCGAUUCAUGGAACUGGUACACGCAGCGCCAGAUGGUAUUCUGGAUCUCAACGAGGCAGCUCGCCAGCUGGGGGCACGCAAACGGCGGGUUUAUGAUGUCACAAAUGUGCUAAGCGGCAUCCAGCUCAUUAAGAAACGCAGUACCAGUCAAGUCCAAUGGGUUGGUUCUGGUCAAGGCAAUGAGCUGUGCAACCAAUGGGAGAAAAGGCUAAAGGAGGAGCUGCUGAACCUGACAGCCAUGGAAGAGGCUCUGGAUGAGCUCAUCAAGGACUGUGCUCAUCAGCUCUUCUCACUGACCGAUCAUAAGGACAAUGCCGAUUUGGCUUAUGUGACACAUGAUGAUAUCUGCAGGAUCAAGGCUUUCCAGGACCAAGUGGUCAUUGCAAUCAGAGCUCCUGAAGGGACCAAGUUGGAGGUCCCUGCCCCAAAAGAGGACAGCAUCCAAAUCCGCUUGAAGAGCACCAGGGGUCCAAUCAAAGUGCUGCUGAGUGAGACAGAUGGGCCUUGCAGGGGCCGAAACUUUGGAGCUGUCUUGGCAGGCACCUUCUUUACGCUGGAGAACAGCAGAAUACGGGUCACCCCACUCAUUGCAGACAAGCUCACAAUUCACUGUGGAACCACAGACCAUCUUUAUGGAUGGAGCCCCCCAGUAACCCAUGGGUGGAAAAAAACUGCACAUUUCUGAAAGAAUCCUAACAUCCUGCUGUUGGAAUUUUCAUCUAUGUAAAUAACAAAACACUAAAAGCAUCUGUUUUAUUUCUGCUUGGAUUUUUAAUUGUCAGGAUGCCCUAGUAAAGUUUUCUUUUCGUUUUCUGAUAAUUUUUACAAUGAAGACUGGAAUGCACAUCUAAACCUUAAAAACAUGGACCAGGUUGACAAUCCUAAGAAGGGCAAUUUGACAGCUCACAAGCCUAAAAAAAAAAAAAAGUUUAUUUUUGUGUAUAUGAAUAUGUAAAUGCUAUUAAAAUUGUUGAGAGAUUGCACUGCAGUGCCCAGUACCUUUUUAGUUUUUCCUUGACAUUGCCUGGAGGAAACUGGCUGCUGAAAUUGCCUACUGAUGAGAGGCUUGACAACUGUGUUAUUACAGCAUAGUUGAAUAUAGCUAUCAGUAAAAACUUUCAAUAUUCUUGUAAAUAAACAUGCAAUAUGCAAGUG